AUGGGUAACUGUCAACUCAAGGAUUUGAAUUUAUUUGGCAGGCACCAAUUGGCAGUGAGAGGUAGAAGGGGAAUGUUGACACCGUGUUCCAUGCUCCUUCAGACAUGGAGUCCAGGCGCGCACGGCUCCGUCGCCCCGCGCGCUCCAUUGGAGGAGCCCCCGCCCUGCACGUGGCCGCCUUGGAGCUGGAGCGCUUCCUGCCCCACACCCCUUGUCUGCUCUGGCGGCGGGUUCCUCCUGGCCGCGAUGAUGCCCGAGGCCGGCCGCUACACCUGCAAGAAGGAUGACGGCAUCUGCAACAGCAAAUGUUGCUGCAAAGAUAUUAGUGUGGUGGUCAUUGUGUGCAUGCAAUUAACCAGGACGACGAGCGCGGCGACGAGUCCGACCAGGGCGCGCUGGCAGAGGAGGCCCAUGAGCUCGCCGCUCCUGAUGGCGAGGGCGUGCGCGACUUGGAUGGUGGCCGCCAAGGCCAACGCCGGUGAGGACGUCGUCUCGGAGUUCAUUGGGGGGCUCAUCCCAUUUGACAAGGCACGUGCCACUACAAGUGGAGGGUGGCUUUGUGAAGGAUGUGGAGGUGGGAGAAGAAGAACUCUGAAGGAAAGAGGUGAGUAG